AUGAGCGCACGUGCCUCAAACGGCACACCCACGCGCUCGUGCCUGCUGAUCGGCCACGGCUGCAAUGCGAGCGUGGCGGUGCAAAGAAUUCGAUUUGGACGGAGCAGCACGAUCAAGAUCGGGGAUUGGGGCAUCGACUCGUACGCAUGCCGCUUAGAGCCGUUCUGUUCGCCUUCAGGCUUGCGCCUGGCCAUCGAUCUCUCUUUAGAGAGUCUCGCGCGGGAUCCCGCGCUGCGGCGGCGAUGCCGACCAGUGCCGCUGCAGCGCGGGAUCGGUUUUAAAAGGCUGUCUGAACAUGGCCACCCUUGUUUGCG